CAUGUGACGCCCUAUCCGCAAUCAUGGCAGGGAAAAGAUUUGUGCGGUGUGGGAAAGAAGUGAAGAGGACGUCUGUUGUUUGUAAUGCAUUGAUAUUUUCUUGAGUUAACGCAGCGCGGAAUGAAACCAAGAGGCAUGCAAAUAUUUUUUUGCUGCAGGGCUUCACUUUAUCAUUGGGCAUGGAUUUCGAAUCGGAAUGUCCAAAUGACGUGUAAUCUAUUCUUUCAGCCUAGACAGAGUAGAGCAAAGUGCGUGGUUAGCAACUAGGAUAGCUUCUGUCUAUCCAGCUAACUUCAUUACUGUACUUUAAAAAAUACAUAUAGAUAGCUAGAUAACGGUAUCAGACUAACCUUUUCCCAGUUUAGUUGGUAUUUGCAACUUGUCUGUGUCGAUGCCUCUCGACAGUCUUAAACAUUCUGCUAUUCUUUCAACUUUGUUUAAAAUGGCAGACGACAUAGAAUUAAUAGGAGCUUCUGAAUUUAUAAAAGAUCGAUUAUAUUUUGCUACCAUAAGAAGCAAACCAAAAAGCACUGCAAACACACACUACUUCUGCACGGAUGACGAAUUUAUCUAUGAAAACUUCUAUGCAGAUUUUGGACCCCUCCACCUAGCCAUGCUGUAUAGAUAUUGUUGUAAACUCAACAAAAAGCUGAAGACAAUCUGUAGGUCUGUCAUAUGUAGAUGUUGGUCAAUGUUGAAGUCCUUCACACUGACCAGAAAGCGAAUCGUACACUACACCAGCUUUGACCAGCGGAAAAGGGCCAACGCUGCUGUUUUAAUCGGUGCCUAUGCUGUCAUCUACCUGAAGAAGACUCCAGAGGAGGCCUACAGGGCUCUGAUCUCAGGCUCCAAUUCUUCAUAUCUUCCCUUCAGAGACGCCUCAUUUGGAAACUGCACAUACAACCUGACUAUUCUCGACUGCUUGCAAGGAAUCCGGAAGGCCCUGCAGCAUGGAUUCUUUGACUUUGAGUCGUUUGAUGUGGACGAAUAUGAGCACUACGAGCGAGUGGAAAAUGGAGACUUCAACUGGAUCGUGCCUGGGAAAUUUCUGGCCUUCAGUGGACCCCAUCCCAAAAGUAAAAUAGAAAAUGGCUACCCUCUUCACGCUCCAGAAGCAUACUUCCCCUACUUCCGACAGCACAACGUUACCUCGGUCGUCCGGCUCAACAAGAAGAUCUACGAUGCCCAGCGCUUCACGGAUGCCGGCUUCGACCACUACGACCUGUUCUUUGUAGACGGCAGCACGCCAAGCGACAUCAUCACCCGCCGCUUCCUGCACAUCUGCGAGAGCACUGACGGCGCCGUGGCCGUCCACUGCAAAGCUGGCCUUGGGCGUACAGGCACUCUCAUAGGCUGUUACCUGAUGAAGCACUACCGCUUUACAGCAGCAGAGACCAUUGCCUGGAUCAGAGUCUGCCGACCAGGCUCCGUCAUCGGCCCUCAGCAGCACUUCCUGGAGGAGAGGCAAGCAGCCAUGUGGAUGCAAGGAGACGUGCAGCGUUCGCAGCAGAAGCAGCCGAGGGGCGUGUCUCGCCUCACCUCCAGCAUGGAUGACCUCACCCUCAACCCCACCCUCACCACCAGCCCUGGUGGCAUCCUCAAGUCCCACAGCAUCGACCGCCUCCAAGAGAACGACUACAUUGGAGAGAACGGGCUCUGCAUGACCCAAGGAGAUAAACUGCGUGCCUUAAAGGGCCGGCGGCAGCCCAGGUCUGCCACAACGGGAGCCCUAAGACUUGAAGACAUGAAAAUGCACACCAGGUCACCGUCCCAACCUUUUAGCAGGAUGAACCUCGGAGUGGGCACUCAGGGCACCAUCUCCCCUCUCAAGUCCUCCAAAGUCCCGUCAUCCUCUGCUUCGGCCAGCGCCAAGAGAAUCGGCAGCAGCUCCUCUUCAGCGUCCAACCUCAAGAGCUCCUCCAUCAACUCCAGGCUAGCCAGCUCCCUAGGCAACCUGUAUGCAGCCAACGGCGGUGAGGACAAUAAGAAGCUGCCAUUCGCUCCCACUUCAUCACCACCCUCCUCUCCCCCCUCGUCCAUCGUCACCAUCACUCCAUCGGGCCGGACGGCUCCUGGUCCCUGCUACGUGGCUAACGGCUCGCGCGGCACCAAUUACCACCAUUCCGAGGCCAACAACAAUCAGUAUAAUUCCUCCCCCGCCGGGAUCUUCAGCCACGGUGGCCUUGCGGGGGCCCCACACCACGCUGCAGGCAGGCUGGGGCCCAGGCCUGAGGAUUAUGGCCCCUACAGAUCCCAAAAGGGGGGCUACUCCGGCCUGAGCGGACCCUCUGGCCGCUACCUCAGUCGCUCAAUCCCCUCCCUUCAAUCUGAAUAUGUUCAAUACUAAAUCGGUGGUGCUGCGUUGACCGGACAGACACCUUGACACUGGACCUCUGACCUGGAUGGGAUGGGUCUCCCACCCCCUUUUUUUUCUCUCGCAAUAUCUCCCCCACUCUCUCCUACAUACUGAAAGAAAAAUUAAUAAACCGUGGCAUCUGAAUGGGUGUGGUCUUUGGAGACGGGCACAUUGACAGCCACAAACUCCCAAGUGCUCAUGGAACUUUGAGUUUUGGGCUUCUUAUGUCAGCCUCAGACGGCCUCGAUCCACCCUAACUGCAGUCACUGUUUGGAUAAUGCUUACAAAGGGCGAUUUGUUUACCCAGCUUUUUCCCCCCUUUUUUUCUGGCGAGCUAUGAUUAGGUUUGGCCAGGCUGUGACUGUGAGUGCUCUUUCUUUUAAAGCUGAGAUCCGGACAUAUAGACUUUCCUGUAUCACAUAUCUCUGUUUUCUUUUAUAUGUUUAUGUGCUAAUACUGUGUACACAUGACUUGUACUGGGGGGGGGAAUAGUUAAAAAUAAUAAUAAUAAUUUUAGACAAUGUUUUUAUACAUGAAAUAUGACAAUUUUGUUGCCUGGAUAAAGAAAUGUUUAUUUAGAAGUGGUUUAAAGAACAUGUUUUGGUUUACGACAAUUCUAUUUUUGUCUCUGAGUGUAACUACUUCACUAACAAUACAUCUAGAUGAAAAUAUGUGAGAUUGUGAGAGACGGCUUACGGUAUUUUGCGAGCCGUGUUCCUUAUCAACAAUGUAUUUACAGGACCAGGCUCAGGGUAAAGUGCUCUCCUAUUUACGAUUGUGUUUUGUGCGUGGGUGGGGGUGUAUGUCCGCGUGUGCAUGUAGUAGCAUGUACGUACCAUAGACUAUGAGAAUAUGUACGUAUGUGCCCAUGUGAGCGAGUGGUUACCGUGUGUGUAGGGGGUUGUCUAGAGAUCAUGUUUGCAGUCCUCUGGUGAUGGGCUCUAGAGAAGAGAUGUGAAUGGAAGAGAAUUACAAAUAGGGAAGAAAUUAAUGCUGUUUCUUCACUAUUCUAAAACAAAAAUGUUUUGUUUUUGAUUAAGUCAAUUCAAUCGACUGGUUUCAAUUGGAACUAAUAAAUAAUGUUCUCCUCUGUCGCAAGCCUACAGGAGAUUUGCAUAUCAAUGGGACAACUAUAGGAUAAAUACUAAAGUCAUACCUGCAACCAGCGUUUUGUAGGCCUUGUGACUAUGUACUGUAUGUUUAGCAUGAUGAACCAAAAGGAUGAUUCAAACCGUGGUCAUUACUAGAGGAAAUUUGAGUUGUGGUGUUGGACCGACACCACCCACAACACAAGCCUCAGUCCCUACAGUAUACUGUUCAUGCCAGGCAGCUCAGCAACCCUCUCCACAGACACAGGAUCCCACUGCAAUCAUGCUCUUUUUAAUGGGAAAAUGUUUGAUUUUAAUGAGCAGAUUUUCAGUGUUAUUCGACACUCAUUGACUCGCUGUAGAUUACGAAACUUGAUUUUGUGGCAGACUAUUUUUAAACGCGCACACACACACACACACCCUACUGUAGAACCAAUUAUGUUUGUUGUUUUAUAAUUCAAGGCGCAGUGGAAGUUCAUCGCUAUUACUGAAAUAUUUCCAUGUUGUGUGGCGUGUUUGUGUUGAAUGUAAAAACUAGUCAGAGACUGUUUUUCCUGGCUUGUGUGUAUUAUAAUUAGUUCAGCUUGUAGAUGGAGAGAACUUUUGCAGGUAGAGGUUCCUAAAAAAAUAAAAAUAAAUGAAAAGCACAACUGUCCCCCCCAAAAAAUGCUUUCUUUAGAAUGUAAUGCUGGAUGUCAUUGGGUGCACAAUGCAGCGGUCAUUAUCAAAGCUGGAGUUCUACCAAUGAGUAUGGCCUACGAUGGCCCAACUAAGUACAUUUUCUGUUGGACCUUGUAACAAUAGAUCCAUAUAUUUGGAUGCUUCUUAUUUUUUUAUUUUAUGUAGUUGAAUAUUGAAAUUGAUUUGGGGGAGAGAAAAAAAAUGGAUACAGAAGCAUUUGUUUAUCACUGAUUUGAUCAUUUUUGUUAUUAUUUUAGACCUCUGUACAUUCCUGGCAGUGACAUUAUUUUGUUUCAAAAUGGGAGAAUCUUAAUGCAGGUGUUCUACCUCCAUGAAAUGUACAAUUUUAAUAGCAAAAUUCUUACAUGCAUAUAUUUUUUCAAGCAGUAUGUAAAGAAAAUGUUAUAACUGUAGAUCAGUAUUUUUCAUACAGUAAGCAUACUAAAAUGCAAAUGUGUCUACUGUAUGUACACAGAGCAAAAAUAUAAACGCAACAUUUUAAAAGAUUUUACUGAGUUUAUUUAAGGAAAUCAGUCAAUUAAAAUAAUUGCAUUAGGCCCUAAUCUAUGGAUUUCACAUGACUGGGGAUACAGAUAUGCAUCUGUUGGCCACAGCUACUGUACUUUAAAAAAAAUAGGUAGUGCUGUGGACCAGGGGAAAAAACAGUCCGUAUCUGGUGUGACCACCAUUUGCCUCGUGCAGUGCGACACAUCUCCUUCGCAUGGAGUUGAUCAGGCUGUUGAUUGUGGCCUGUGUAAUGUUGUUCCACUCCUCUUCAAUGACUUGGCUGUGCGAAGUUGCUGGAUAUUGGCAGGAACUGGAACAUGCUGUCGUACAUAUCGAUCCAGUGCAUCCCAAAAGUGCUCAAUGGGUGACAUAUCUGGUGAGUAUGCAGGCCAUGGAAGAACUGGGACAUUUUCAGCUUCCGGGAAUUGUGUACAGAUCCUAGCGACAUAGGGCCAUGCAUUAUCAUGCGGAAACAUGAGGUGAUGGCGGCGAAUGAAUGGCAUAACAAUGGGCCUCGGUAUCUCGUCACAGUAUGUCUGUGCAUUCAAAUUGCCAUUGAUAAAAUGUAAUUGUGUUCAUUGUCCAUAGCUUAUGCCUGCCCAUACCAUAAUCGCACAACCAUCAUGUGGCACUCUGCUCACAAUGUUGACAUCAGCAAACCGCUCACCCACAUGAUUCCAUACACGCUGUCUGCCAUCAGCCAUGAAGAGCACACUUCUCCAGCAUGCCAGUGGCUAUUGAAGGUCACCAUUUGCCAACUGAAGUCGGUUACGACGCUGUACUGCAGUCGGGUCAAGACCCUGGUGAGGACGACAAGCACGCAGAUAAGCUUCGCUGAGACAGUUUGUGCCAAAAUUCUUUGGUUGUGCAAACCCAGUUUCAUUAGACGAUCCCGCAGGUGAAGAAGCCGGAUGUGGAGGUCCUGGGCGUGGUUACACGUGGUCUGCGGUCGGAUAUAUGGCCAUAUUCUCUAAAAUGGGGUUGGAGGUGGCUUAUGGUAGAGAAAAUGAACAUUCAAUUCACUAACUCUGAUGGACAUUCCUGUGGUCAGCAUGCCAAUUGUGUGCAUGCUGACCGCAGGAAUGUCCAUCAGUUAGUGAUACGGCAUAUUUUAAUGUGUCCCCAGCACAAGGUGCACCUGUGUAAUGACAACGCUGUUUCAUCAGCUUCUUGAUAUGCCCCACCUGUCAGGUGGAUGGAUUAUCUUGGCAAAGGAGAAUUGCUCACUAAGAGGGAUGAAAACAAAUGUGUGCAUAAAACUUGAGCAAAAUACGUUUUUGUGCAAAUAGCACAUUUCUGGUAUCUUUUUGGUUCAGCUCAUGAAAAUGGGACCAAUACUUAACAUAUUGCGUUGUAUAUUUUUUGUUCAGUGUAUAUAUUUUACAUUUACAGUUAAUGCAGGUUUCUAAAGUAAGUAACAAAAUAAAAACACAUUUUAAAGAU